AUGGCACUCGUUGGUGGUGACGUAGCAGUAGAGUCACAAACCGCUUAUCAACACGAUGACGACGCCAGCAUUAAAACAGCCAGACUUUUGACAGAAAAGUCUCCAAAUCAUAUGACAGUAAAAUCUAUACGACAAAAUUCGCCACACAAAUCAGUCGUUCAUACAAAUACGCAGCAGGAAAAUUCGUUCUUAUCUGUGUCAACGGAAGAGGCGAAAAGUUGUGAAUAUGUGGUAUCGGAAAGGCCCAAUCCAUACGGAGAUGAGGAGUUCAAAAAUGUUUUUUGGGAAGCUCAAAAGGCGCUUCAGCAGGGAAUACAUCCCAUUCUUAUUCCCGUUGGGAGUUCAGGUUCUUAUUUCAUACGAGACGAAAAUUUGGAGAAUAUUGCUGUGUUCAAGCCUUCUGACGAAGAGCCUUUCGCGGCAUUAAAUCCCAAAUGGCCAAAAUUUUUCCAAAGGGUGCUCUGUUUCUGCUGUUUUGGAAGAGCAUGUUUGAUUCCAAAUAAUGGGUAUUUGUCGGAGACAGGAGCCAGCAUAGUCGACGAUAUGCUUCAGCUUCACAUAGUGCCAAAAACUAGAGUGGUUCGCAUAGCUUCUCCUUCGUUUUUCUACUCCCGCUGCUGUGGUCGCUACGAAAUCAAACCUAAGGAAGGUAGCUUUCAGCUUUUCGUGAAAGGCUAUGAAAGUGCGCAAGCAGUGUUUUCUCGAUGGGAAUAUGAUCCAACACUGUUGUCAGCGGAGGAAGAAGAUAGAUUCAAAUACCUGUUUCAAAAAAUGAUCGUGCUCGAUUACAUAAUACGCAACACAGAUAGACACAUGGACAAUCUUUUAAUACGAUUGAGUUACACCACCAUAUCCGACAAUUGCCAUGUGCCAGGGAAAGUGAUCGAAUUGGCCGCUAUCGACAACGGGCUCGCCUUUCCCGUCAAGCAUCCCGAAUGUGUCAGCAGAUUUAGAACAUUUCCUUUCCGGUGGACCGAAUACAGAUGGGCACAGCAGCCGUGGAAUCAAGUUCUUCGUGAUCACCUGUUAUCAUCAAUUAACCCAGCAUUUCUUCACGAUCUGUGCCAUGAACUCAAGAUUCUUUUCCGUCACCGCCACAUAAACAGUCGCUACUUGGUAUUCAAUCAAAUGAAAGUUGUGAGAGGACAGGUGUGGAAUUUGUAUGAAUGUCUGGCUAACAACGAGCUCCCUGCCGGUUUGAUCUUGAAAGAGCCGAUAUUAGUCACGAGAAGAUAUCGUCGCAAUCGUCCUACGAAUGACAACUGGAGUCAGUGGUUUCGGGUUCGCCGAUGCGACAAUCGUUAUCGUGGCUGCUGCUGA